AUGGCACAUACAUCUAGGUCGAACGAGGCCUCGCCUCUCCUUGGCGAUCAUAGUAGGACGUCUGUCGCUACAGAACAAGGAGCCUCACAGGCAGAGUCUGAAACAAUGAACGCGCGGUUAAUCUUCAAGAUCGCAGCGGCAAUGUACUCAUUCGCUACACUCGGGCUCUUCAACUCAUCCAUCGGUGCUGUCCUCCCUUUGCUGUCGCAACACUACAACCUCAGCGACAUCCAAGUCUCUUCUAUAUUUCUCGCUGGCCCCAUUGGAUACGUGCUUGCCGCGCAAUUCAGUGAUGCCGUGCACUACCGGUUCGGUCAGCGGGGCAUCGCUUUUGCGGGGCCCAUCCUACAAGUCAUUGCCACUGCAACUGUAGCCGCACACCCAGGAUUCGGGCUGAUACUGGUAGCCUUUGCAUUUCAGGGCCUGGGCACUGGACUGCUGGAUGGGAGUUGGUGCGCAUGGGCGGGGAGCAUGCAGAAGGCGAAUACGAUUUCUGGGCUGUUGCAUGGGAGUUUUUCUGUUGGCGCGGCGUUGGGGCCUCUGCUCUUGACUGUAUUGACUGCGAAGCAUCAGGAUUGGUGGACUUGGUAUUCGAUUCUAGUAAGUGUUUUACCAGAGGUUUUCGAUCAAUUACAUACUAACUGGGUGACGGCUGGAGCAUGCGCAUUGUCCUUCAUAGUCCAGGUCGCUGCUUUCCGACACGAGAGCGCAUCUGUCUACCGCCAGAGCAAGCAGUCAAAGAUGUCUGACUCCAAGGUCCACCUCAGGGAAAUAUUCAAGCACCCAGCUACUUGGCUCUGUGCAGCCUUCUUUCUCACCUACGUUGGCGUAGAAACUUCCAUCUCUGGAUGGGUGGUUUCAUUUAUGCUCCGCGAGCGACAUGCGAGUGAUUAUGUAGCUGGUCUCUCUUCUUCGGGCUACUGGAUCGGUAUGGCUAUUGGGCGAUUAGUCCUAGGUUUCGCCACGGAUAGGAUGGGCGUACGGCGUGCGACCACCCUUUACUUCCUCUUUGCUAUCGUGUUUGAAGCUCUGUUUGCAGUAUUCUCAUCUCUGGAGGCCUCCGUAAUUUUCAUGACGGCAACUGGCUUCGUUCACGGUCCGUUGUUUCCCUCUGGAGUCGUGGUGUUGACGAGACUGUUGCCGGCAGAGCUACAUGUCGCAGUAGUCUCCUUUGUUGCAUCUCUGGGUCAAAUCGGAGGCGCAUUUUUACCAUUUGCCAUUGGCGCUGUGGUGCAAGGUCUGGGUAUUGGGGUUUUUCGAUUCGCAAUUCUCGUUGAGACAUUGCUGGCAUUGUUGGUAUGGCUUGCUUUUGCGAGACUUCGUCCGGCGCUACUUCCCAUAUCUGCGGCACAUACCCAGGACUGA